AAUCGGUGCAUUGAAAUGCAAAUAAGGUGCUAUAAAAGGGGCGGGGCACCGCGGGCCGGAAGACUUCGAAGAGUUCUUGAGGCCUCCGGGCUGCAAACUCGCUUGGUAGUGUGGUUUGCACUCGCUCCUGGCGCCGUGCUCCGGGCGCCGCGGACCAUGUCUCCGCCCCUGGCGCCCAGCCGUGCAGGCCAAGAGGAUGAGGACCGCUGGGAAGGACGGGGGGACCGCAAGGCCCGGAAACCCCUAGUGGAGAAGAAGCGACGCGCGCGGAUCAACGAGAGUCUUCAGGAGCUGCGGCUGCUGCUGGCCGGCACCGAGGUGCAGACCAAGCUAGAGAACGCUGAAGUGCUGGAACUGACCGUGCGGCGCGUGCAGGGCGCGCUGCGAGGUCGGGCGCGCGAGCGGGAACAGCUGCAGGCUGAAGCAAGCGAGCGCUUCGCUGCUGGCUACAUCCAAUGCAUGCAUGAGGUGCACACGUUCGUGUCCACGUGUCAAGCCAUCGAUGCCACCGUCUCAGCUGAACUGCUGAACCACCUGCUAGAAUCCAUGCCACUGCGCGAGGGUAGCAGCUUCCGGGAUCUGCUGGGGGACUCCCUAGCUGGGCUGCCUGGAGGCCCUGGGAGGAACAGCUGGCCUCCCGCUGGGAUUCCAGGGUCCCCAUUGUCCAGUCCCCCAGGUCCCGGGGACGACCUGUGUUCUGACCUAGAAGAGGUCCCGGAGGCUGAACUAAAUCGGGUGUCUCCUGAGGGGCCGGAUUUGGUACCUACAUCCUUAGGCAGCCUGACUGCAGCUCGCCUGGCCCAGAGUGUGUGGAGGCCUUGGUGACCAACAACACUAACCAGGGACCUGUGGAGGGUGGGCUGCCAUUCCUCCCUGGGUGUAAGAUGAUGAUGUGACAGCCCAGGUAUAUCUUCUUACUCUUUCAAUGGAUGGCUUGCAUGGCAGCCCUUGAUGGCCACACUCUGCAGGCCCAUAACUCUGUUUCUUGAGGGAAUCUGUUUCUUGGACCCAGUAGCUCCUGGAUUGGGGGAGGGAGGCUACAGAAAGGAGGGAGACUCUUGUAGAGCUGCCAACCCCCCACCUCCCCGGUUCACCUGUCCCUGCCUUUCAGACAGUCUUAGGGACCUAGGACAGAAGUGGCCAAUCCUGAGGCUGAGCACUAGUGUUCUAAGCAGGGAUACCCAGGCCAUGGCAGUCCUCACUUGAAUAGAAGUUCAGAUUUGGUGCUUCAGCCAGGAGACCAGGGGAGGUAGGUGCCUUACACAGGGUCACUGAGAGCGGCUCCCUGUUUGUAAGACACUUGAAUGUGGGAAGUUGGUUGCCAUCAAAUGUUCCAAUUGAAUUAAAUAAAGAACUUUGGAGUUAGUU